CUUACUCUCUUCAACUCCAAUGCUGCCUCCCAAUAUUGCAACAUUUUCUUUUUCCUCCUGCGACUCUUUCUUUCUAACAACACAUAUUUUCAGUCAAUCAACCAAUGCAAAAUGUGAUUGCCCUUAUUCCAGUGAAAUGUACAGUUUCCUCGGAGAAAAUUGAGCUGAGAUGGAAGAAAUCGAAGAAAAGAGAAGACAUGCGAUUUCUCGUUAAAUUUGAAAAUCUGGUGUCACAGCAAACGACUCGAAUGGAAUUAUCGUCAACCUUGACUAUUUACGAGGUUCAAACUCUCAUUUUUCCCGGAGAAAAGUAUUUGGUUGAGCUUCGAGGUGUUUCACUGGAAAAUAACACUUUAGUUGCAAUGUGGUCACAGGAAAUUCGAGCAGAAUUUUGCCCUAAAGAACUCGCGGAUCUCCUCGAGAAAUGUCACGUCUUCAUUGGAAAGGAAACUGCUCAAUUGCAAGAGAUAAAAAAUCUCUAUCGGUGCAAACCGAAACCAUACUGGGAUUAUAUCUACAACUUCAGAGGCAAAGUGAUGGAAAAAUACAUCAAGGAUGAUAACGGCCAGCCAGGAAAUCUCAUCAAUCGAAAAUUGCACGGGCUGUUCUUCUCGGCACGUCUUACAUCCGGAUCGUUACCCAGCUCUUCCCCAUUUGGAAAUAUUCGAAUGGAUGUUGACUGCAAUCUGAUUCUGAAUCCAUUCAAGCAUUCCUUCUAUUUUGCGGAUUUCUAUUGCAAUAAGGCAUAUCACUACGCAACAAUUGUGAUAUGUGAGAUUGGAUCUACCUCCUAUAAAUAUUGCAACGAAAAGCUCAUUAAGCUUGACCCAUUUUCAAAUCCUUUCAUAAAACUGGUACCGACAGCCAUUCCUGGUCAAUGGCUUUACUUCAAUAAUCGGACGGUAUGGGUGGAACUCUUCUACACGGAAAAUGUACACUUGGAUUUUGGACGUUUCACGAGUAUUAUUGCGACUGGAGCGGGCACGUCAAGGAUCAAUGGGCUUGAUAAUAACAAGUGUUGCGAGAUUUGUAAUUUGUAUCCUUUAGAAACAUGAACAGACAUCUCACGGGUUUUCAAUCAGCUUUUGAAAUGGGUUUUACUAUGUAGUAUUUGUUUUUGAUUUUUAAUAAAGUGCAUUUCUAAAAAA